GUGUCUAGGUGGUGACAUUCCGGGCACUGAGAACAUAGGAGGAGGUGCGCUGUCUCCUGCAAAGACUGCAACGAGUCCUCCGUACUGCUGGGACCAGCGUAGGCAGACCGAAGAGUUGGAGCCAGAGACAGCGAGUUAACCAACCGUGCGCAGGCAGGACGCGGAGCAUCUUGGAACUCGACUUGAACAUGAAGUGACACAGCUGAGCCUGGAUCCUACCUGUAGGCAAGAGCUGACUCUGAGCCCUGGCCCAGUCAAGCUGACCCCUACCUUAGACCCCGUGCACCGGAUGGAGCUGAUCCUGAGUACCAGCCCAGCAAAGCUGACUCUAGAUCCUGCAUGCCAGCCAGAGUUGACCCUGAGAUUCAACCUGACCAAGCUAACCCUGGAUCCUGCACGCCAGUCAGAGCUGUCGCUGAGUCCCAGACUAGCUGAGCUGACCCUGGAUUCCACAUGCCACCCAGAGAUGAGCCUCAGUCCUGGCCCAGCUGAGCUUACCGGGGAUCCUCAACACCAGGCAAAGGAGAGCCUGGUCCCCAAGCUGGCUGAAUUGACCCUGGAGCCUGUGCACUGCCGACCGGAGCUCAUGAGUGCCUGUGCUGACCUCAUCAAUGACCAGUGGCCCCGUAGUCGUGCCUCCCGUCUCCACUCCCUGGGCCAGUCUUCAGACGCCUUCCCCCUCUGCUUGAUGCUGCUGAGCCCUCAGCCCACACCUGGAGCAGCCCCUAUUGUGGUGGGCCAUGCCCGCUUAUCACGGGUACUGGACCAUCCCCACAGCCUCUUAGUGGAGACAGUGGUGGUAGCCCGGGCUCUGAGGGGCCGUGGCUUUGGCCGCCGCCUCAUGGAGGGCUUGGAGGCCUUUGCCCGAGCCCGGGGUUUCCAACGGCUGCACCUCACCACUCAUGAUCAGCUAUAUUUCUACGCCCAUCUGGGCUACCAACUGGGUGAGCCUGUGCAGGGUUUGGCCUUUACCAACCGUCGGCUGCCCACCAAUGUCCUACGUGCCUUCUCUAAGCCACCCUGUCCCCAACCACCCUGCAAGGCGCCUGUCCUAGCUGCCCAAGCUAUCCCAAGGAGCUCCAAGGGACCCCCAUUGCCACCACCUCCUCCUCUGCCUCUGACCACCUCACCCCCUCCUUCACCCGAGCCCCUUCCUCAAAGCCCGUUAGAGACACGAUAUCGAGAUCUGAAGGGGUGCCCUAUAUUCUGGAUGGAAAAAGACAUCUGAUGGCCCUGUCUCUCUGGGACACUGGAUUGCCCAGAACAGAGCCAGCCUCAGCCCACAGGCCAUAUACUUCAGCCCCUCCCCCUAGGGGACAACCUUAGCCUGUGUAUCUUUUCUGGGUACCAGUGGGCCAGGAGGUGGACUUGGAGCUUUGGCUCAGAGCUGUCAGUUUGGCUAAAAUAAAGGCUUCCAUUAGGUA